CUUUGGUAUAAAAAUAAUGUCAUCAAAAUGAAUUUUUACACUUCAAGUUAAGACCCACAAUGAUAUCAAUUCCCAAUUCAUACAUUUCAGUUUUGAUAAAUUUCAUUGUGCAAACGUACCAUUAUGAUGCAACUAGUUUGUGUGUGGUUUUCAAUGAAAACUUUCCAUUUACCUUGCAUCAAACGGAAGCAGACAAUUAUGUUGCAAUUAGAAGUCUUUAUAGGCCCACAUUGAAUGAGACGAAGAAUAUACCAUUUGAUCAAUUGGAUGUUUUAUCGAAAUUUGAAGGAAAACUGGUAGAAUCGAUUGAGUACACUCAUUGUGAGAGUUUUAUUGCUUUUGAAGAAGAAAUUAUGAUAUUCGUCGGAUCUUUUAUGAAAUCUGUGCUUCACUCGAAAUGGCGUUCGUUGAAAAAUAGAUUUCUAUUUGUUUACACUGAAGGGAGAUUUGAUGAAAAUUCUGCAGAAUUUGAUCAACCAUUUUUUCAAGAUUUGACCAAUAUUCUUCUAAUAGAAAUUUCUAAGAAUGGAACAGUUUUUGAUUUGAAAACUACCAAAUUUGUGGGAAGUCGUAAAAAUCAUCCAGAAGAAUUAGUGUUUUUGGAUAGAUACUACGGGAAAACAAACACUUUUGAAUUCAACAAUAAUUUGUAUCCUGACAAAGUUAGGGAUCUACAAGGUCGUGAAUUGAUUUCGGCUGUUUUUCCGUAUGAACCAUUUGCAAUUUUAAGAAACGCUACGGAGAAAAAUCAUUUUAUAGAUGUUAAAGAUGGAAAUGAAGAUCCAUCGAAAAGUCAUCUUUAUGAUGGAACUGAUGCUCAAAUUUUGUUUCAACUUUGUCGCUUAUAUAAUUGUACAAUUCAAGUGGAUACAAGCGAAGAAGAAGAAUGGGGUUUUGUAUAUGAAAACUAUACAGCUGAUGGUGUUUUAGGACUUGUUUUUAAUAGAAAAGCUGAUAUUGGUAUGAUGGCUAUGUAUAUGUGGUAAGUUUAUAAAAAAAGAACUUA